AUGAGCAGCACCGUGACGCGCAUCAUCGAGGUGUUCAACGCUCCAGAACCCACGACCAAAACGGCCUGGGAGGUCACAGAAGCCGAAAUGGAAAUCGCCCUUCCGAACGACUACAAAGAAUUGAUCGACCGGAUGGGCGCAAACGCAACGAUGUGGGAGUUCGAGGCGAAGCCUCCGGAGCUGCAGAUCGAAGGGAGCUUUGUCAUCCCCUGGGCGACGACGGAUAACGGCGAGUAUCUGUUCUGGCGGUGCCUCCCGGGGCAGCAUCCCGACGAGUGGACAGUCAUUCUGAACCAGGGUCGGGACUGGACUUGGGAGCACCAUGAAAUGAACUGCACCGAUUUCCUCUACGCAGCCCUUACAAAGGAGAUUCAAUCAGAGAUUCUCAGCGAUGACUUCCCUCUCUCCCGUCACGUCUUCGCAAGUUUCAACCCGGCGCCAAGCCAUUCUAUCAGACUUACGGGGAUUAGGAGGCCGAAAAGAAGAUUGAAAAAAUGA